ACAAAACACUUACACAGCAACUUACACACAUUCUCUCUCUCACACACACUUAUGUUUUAUGUUUGACAAGCCAUUUUCAGAAAUAACCAACUUUACUAUUUCCCCACUCUUUCUCUGUAAACCCACCUCCAUCUCUGUCUCAAAAACUCCAUUUUUUCUUCAGAAAAUGAUUUUGACUACAUGGGUUUGUUUCUCUUUGGGUUCAUCAAGCAAGAAUCUUGUUAGCUAAAACUCACUCAAAUCUUCAAAACCAAAAUGGGUCUCUUCUUGUUUUUCUCCUUUGAAAACCUACUUACAUUUUCUUGAAACCUUAAGUUUUCCCACCUCCAAAAAAGAUUCCUUUUUUCACACCAACCCAUCACAUUUCCACUAAAAAUCUGUAAAAAAAAAAAAAUCAUUCUUUUAUACUUUAGAAAAAAUGGGGUGUGUUGCUACAAAGUUGGAAGAAGAAGAAGAAGUGGUGAGCAUUUGUAGAGAAAGAAAACAGUUGUUGAAGUUAGCUGUGGAAAAAAGGUACAGUCUUGCAGAGGCUCAUUUUAGAUAUUGUCAAUCAGUUUAUGGUGUUUCAGCUGCUAUAAAACUGUUUGUUGCUAGGCACUCUUCAUCUUCUUCACCUUUUCUCAUCACUCUUCCACCACCCUCCCCCCCUAAAGAAAACAAGCUUGUCUCAAACCCUUUGUUUCUCCAACAAAAAAACACUUGUCAAAAGAGUAAAGAUGAUUCCAAUGCAUGUGGUGCUUCUUGUUGUUCUUGCUCAUCUUCUUCUUCUUCAGAAGAAGAAGAUGAAGAGAGAGAAAGUAAGUUCAAGAGUGAGAGAGAACAAGAACAAGAAGAGGGUGGUUGUGGGUAUUAUUAUAUGGAUAUGGGUUCAAGUAUGCCACCACCAGAGGUGGAGUUCGGGUGGGAUUUUUUUGACCCAUUUGUGACAAUGAGGCCGGAGGUUAUGAGAGGGUAUAACCGUUAUUCCGAUGAUGAUUUGAGGGUAGUUAGGGAAGAAGAAGGGAUACCAGAGCUUGAAGAGGAAGUGGAAGAAGUGAAAAACAAGGUGGUGAGUAGUGAAGAAGAAGAGAAGAAGAAAGAGGAGGAAAGUUGUGAGAGUGAAACAACAGUGGGUUGUGCUAAUGUGAGCCAGGGGGAGGCUCAAAAGGGUUUAACAGUCAUAGAUACACCUGAAAGAGGGAGAGAGUUGUUGGAAACAUUGAAAGAUAUUGAAGACUAUUUUAUUAGGAUUUAUCAUUCUGGGAAAGGUGUAUCCAAGAUGUUGGAAUCUAACAGGAUCCAGUUACAAUCAGGCUUGGAAGAAAUUAAAGAAAAUUCAACUAAGCUAAUUCAAGCAAUCGCGUCACGGUCAACAUCUUACCGUUCAACAACAUGUAAGAGUCUUGUCGCAUCAAACUCUAAAACGCCUUGCGCAUGGACGGAAUUCAAUAAUGAUCUCUUUGAUGAUGGAGGGGGGAUGAACGCAGGAAGCCAUUCGUUAACGUUAGGAAGACUCUAUGCUUGGGAAAAGAAGUUAUAUGAAGAAGUUAAGGCUGGAGACCACACUCGGAAAUUAUACGAGCGAAAAUGCAGCCAGCUGAGGAACCAAGAUGUCAAGGGGAACGAGGGAGGCACAAUAGACAAAACACGCGCUGCGGUUAAAGAUUUGUACAGUCGGAUCUUGGUUGCCAUUCGAAGUGCAGAAUCAAUUUCAGAAAGAAUUGAGAAACUCAGAGAUGAAGAGUUGCAGCCUCAAAUCAUUGAACUCUUACACGGCAUGAUGAACAUGUGGAAGGUUAUGUUGGAAUCACAUGAAAUUCAAAACAAAAUCAUGUCUGAAGUCAAACUGUUUACAUGUCCAACAUACGGGAAAUUCUCAAACAACACGCACCGUCUCGCAACCCUGCAGCUGGAGGCUGAAUUUCAGAACUGGCGGACAUGUUUCCGAGACUAUCUCACCGCACAAAAACAAUACGUCGGAGCUCUUUACAGUUGGCUAUCAAAGUUCAUAGUUCCAGAAGUCGAAUUCUACUCAAAAAGUAGGAACACAUCUCAACCUUUUCAGACAACAAACGGGCCCCCCUUGCUCAUGAUUUGUCAAGAUUGGUUCAACUUUAUGGACAAACUGCCAGACAGAUCGGUUUAUGUUGCCAUGAGAAGCUUCUCAAAGGAUUUACACUCUUUAUGGAUUCAACAAGGAAAAGAGCAAGACCAAAAGCGAAAAGUUGAUAGCUUGUCGAAAGAACUCGACCGCAAGAUUCUUGCUUUUCAGAAAACUGAAAACCGAGUCUUUGAAACCAAGCUCCCGAGUCUCGAGCUUUGUGAGCUCGAGGUUGACCAAAAAGCAGAUUACUUGAAACAAAGAAAAGAGUAUUUAGACGAGUUAAGAGCAAAAGUGGAACUGGAAAGAGGAAAACAUCAAAGUUGUAUGCAAGAAACUCAAAGGAUCACGUUAAACGGAUUCCAAACAGGGUUUUGUCGGGUUUUCGAGGCGUCAAUAGAGUUCUCAAAAGGGUCACUAAAGAUGUACAGUGAUCUUGUUGGCAUUCGCGAGAACCCUGAAAAGGUUGACAACUCGUCUUAUAUCCAAGAAGAUGGGAGCAGCAGAUGACAAACUACAAAGCAAAGUUAAUUUGUGUUUUUUUAGGAUUCUUGAGGUAGCGGUGUUAGUUAUUUGUUGUGAUUGUUGUACAUUAGAUCGUGAUUUGUGUUCGAAGCUUCUCGCUGAGACGUGAAUACGCGUAGAUGAUGGGUUGGAUUUGAUUAAUCAAGAAGUGGCUUUUUAUCU